AUGUGGAGUCGUGUACACUUCCAAGGUGAUAGGUACAAUUUCACCACUAGCAACAUAGCGGAGUCAUUAAACAAGGUGCUAUCUGCUGCAAGAGGUAAGCCUAUCGUAGGACUAGUGGAUGAUAUAAGGAGUCUCCUGACCAGGUGGUUUGCUAAAAGACGUGUGAAUGCUAAUAACAUGGCUACCACUCUAACAACGGGCGUUGAAAAGUUGCUGGAGGCUAGAGUUGAAGAUGCUAAACUCUUACAUGUGCAAGAGAUUGAUCAGCAUCGUGCAGAGGUUUUAGGCACAACAUCUGCACAUGUUGUCAAUUUAACGGAGAAAACAUGUACUUGUCGACGGUUUGAUUUGGAUAAAAUUCCUUGCGUACAUGCCAUAGCCGCCGCCGAUAGGAGGAAGUUGUCGCCGAUCUCUCUUUGCCAUCAUUACUACCACACUAGUUACUUGCAACAAGCGUAUGCUGUUAGUGUGAUGCCAAGAGACGUAGCACUCCCUGUGCCAGAUGAAGUAGCAACCAAAAUUUGUCUCCCGCCUGAUGUUCGCAACCGACCCGGCAGGCCAAAGAAAAUUCGGAUUAAGGGUGCGUUCGAGGCCGCCAUGGCGAGUAAACGUCCUCGGAAGAUCCCCAAAUGUGGUAACUGUGGCCAAGGCGGACAUAAUCGCCUAACUUGUCGAGCUUAG